GCCGGGCGCGAGGGUGCGCAUGCGCUCGGGCGGCGGGGUGCGACGGCAGGUGUCCCGGCGGGCUGGCUGCUGGAGAUGUGGAGGCCGUUACUGCUGUUCGUUGCGCUGUGCGCCGCAGGCACCCGUGGCCUCUACUUCCACAUUGGCGAGACCGAGAAGCGCUGCUUCAUCGAGGAAAUUCCCGACGAGACCAUGGUCAUCGGCAACUACCGAACCCAGAUGUGGGACAAGCAGAAGGAGGCCUUCCUGCCCUCGACCCCCGGCCUGGGCAUGCACGUGGAGGUGAAGGACCCCGAUGGCAAGGUGGUCCUGUCCCGGCAGUACGGCUCCGAGGGCCGCUUCACGUUCACUUCUCACACGCCCGGCGAGCAUCAGAUCUGUCUGCACUCCAACUCCACCAGGAUGGCCCUCUUCGCUGGGGGCAAGCUGCGUGUGCACCUGGACAUCCAGGUCGGAGAGCACGCCAAUAAUUACCCGGAGAUUGCGGCUAAGGAUAAGCUGACUGAACUGCAGCUCCGUGCCCGCCAGCUGCUUGAUCAAGUGGAACAGAUUCAGAAAGAGCAGGAUUACCAGAGGUAUCGUGAAGAGCGUUUCCGUCUGACCAGUGAGAGCACCAACCAGAGGGUGCUGUGGUGGUCCAUCGCACAGACUGUCAUCCUCAUCCUCACUGGCAUAUGGCAGAUGCGUCACCUCAAGAGCUUCUUUGAGGCCAAGAAGCUGGUGUAGCACCCGCCCAUAUGACCCUUCUCUCUGCUUCAAUUAUUUGGUACUUUCUCACCUACUCCCUUAGCCAUCUGGCGUUUUGGUCGGGGGGAGAGGAAAAAGAAUAUAUCACCUUGGCACCAUGGCAACGAACCAGUCAGAGCAGAUACUUGUUUAAUUCUGGUUCUCAAGGACACAGAACACUGGUCCAGUCUUUCUGAAUCUGUUUUAGGACUUGUGGGAAUUGGAACUCAGCUAAGAUAAGUCUUGUUUCUUUUGCCUCCUUCUGUUCUCUAACAAAAUGAACAAAACCUUCUAUUUUCUCUUAUGUGUAAGCCCUGCCUCACUGUCCCCUGGCCAGUCCCGGGUUCCCUCAAUGGCUUUGUGAAUGUAAAUAAGGGGCAACUCUCAUCCCAGAGGAUUGAGAUGUUUUUCUAUAUAUUAGAACUAUUUUUUGAUAAAUGAUAUAUUUUCCUUCCUAGUUGAAAUAUUAUUGCCUGUAACUAGCAGAAAACACCAAUCCAGUCCUGUGUAUCGUUUAUUCACAUUUUUAAAAACUGCCAUGGCAGCUCUCAGGAUUCUACCACUCAGUGGGCCAGAAAGCAGUUGUCACAGCUGUUGUCAAGCCCACGUGACAUGGCUUCUCAGCCAAGCAAAGCUCUCUUGGACACCUGUAAUCCCAUCUCACAGGGUGUUGGCCGUAGAGGUAAGAUGGGGACAGAGCACACAUGAGCAGCACAUGUUGACCCUGCCUCUUCCCUAAGUCUCAUUUAAGCUCUGGUAAAUGUUUUUCCAAAGGAACCAGAUUUGGUUCUUUCUAUAGAUUUUUCUAGUGAAAUAAAAGUGUGUUAUAGUAGCGAUGUUUGAGAUGAGAUCAGAGAUUGUGGGCAGAGGGGUGACAAAAAGAAGCGGGAGGAUUUCUAACUGAGACUGCUGGUGUCCUGGGCAGACUGCAGUGUGGCCUUCUCCUUUGUGUCCAACUUGGCAGGCCCAUCUCCAGGGCCCAGGGACAGGCAAGGUAGUUACUUAACCAUUUUCCAAGGCUAGCCAAGUAGCACAUCAGCCAGGGACCCUGAGAUUAAGUACUUGCUUUCUUAGCCCCUGAAUCAUAUGCUUGAGUAACUUGAUACACCUCUCCAGACCUUCUGUAGAAAUUCAUAAGAUUAGUUGUCCCUUUGUGACAUCUUAUUUCAUGGUCUUAUAUAUUUAUUUGAAAUCCUAUUUAUUAAAUUACUUUAUCUGACUUACAGAACUAAA